GGGAAGCCGUUCCGUCGUGGCCGGUCAGCACAAAGACGGGAAGGAGUAAAUUCUGUGUUUUUAUUAGGCAUGUGACUUAAUUUGUGUAUUUCUGUGUGAUCUGUGUAGUUUCACUUAUGCGUCAUUCGUGCUGCUUUAGGUACGCGCAACUCAGAUGUGCAGGCGUUAGAUUCACUUUUGUAGAAUUUGAGAAAGUAGUCGCGAGUCUCGACGUCUUUGUAUUUUUAUUUACUCUGAUCUUACAGUUAAAUUUAUAGUCGCAUGAUCGCAAAAUAUUUAUUCUUCAAAUUGGCCGCGCGCAAAGCCCGUUGCAUCGGGUGUUGUUCAAGUGGUGAUGUCAUGCAUUGCUCUGGUGAAGAGGCCUGUGUCUGCCCAUUUUGACCCGAGUCCAGUCAAGAUGGAGAGGCGCAAAGCCCUCACCCUCACCCCACCCAUCAACAAGGAGGGUCGUUCCCACGUAACAAAUCCUUUAAGACCGCCCAAGAGGAAGCCGCCGGCAGAACCCUCAUGUGGGAAAACGGAGUCUCCCCCGGCCCAGAAGAAACACUGGACUGAACUAUCUAGCGCUUGUCAGAAGUUUGCAGAAGCCAGUUCUCUGAAUGGGAAAAACAGCCGGAGUCGCCACAGGUCACCGAAAUGCAAGGCUGGGACGAGCUGCUUGAAUGCCAGGCUAAUCCUGACGGAUGUCCUGAAGACCAGGUUGGGGCAGGAGUACCUGAACAGGGGCAGCCUUGGCCUGCGGACAGAGCAGCAGGAAGGGGAAGUGGUCAACUGCAAGAGCAGCAUGCGCCCACAAGAACAGGUGGGCAACCUGCAAGGAGAGGCGCCCUCGAUUGCCCAGAGCAGGGACUCCCCAGUCAGGGGCUGGAGAGGGGAUUCCCCAGCUCCCAGAAGAGCUGGCCACCAGGUGGCGCCAGAUACCUCGUGCCCGGCAGAGGAAACCCCCCUUGGUACUUGCUCCCCCAAACUGAGAAGUCGCAGUGUGGCGCUGAGAGGGUUGUCGGUAGAGAUGUGCAAGAUCUCUGUAAGGCCGCUGGACCGGCAGAGAGGUCACAGUUCGGAAGACAAGGCAGCGACGGCCCUGGAAAUGGGAGAGGGAGGCGUUUUACCUGGAGGUGCCGGACGCGUGCAGUGCCAUUCCAGCUGUGAAGGUUCACCAUCCCAGGCUGCAGAGAAAGCUGACGGAGAUGAUUCCCUGGGCUCCUGUACUAAUGGAAUCGGAGUAAUAGAAGUGGGGACUCCCGGCCCGCCCCAAGAGACCAGGACACGGUGCCGGGAUCCGCCGAGUGAGAUCAUGGACCGGAGAGAUUCUGCUAAACACAUCUGCCUGAUGGAUGAUCCGGUGGCUGCUGAAGAACGGUGCCAUGUCAGGGACCCGCUAGAACCUCAGGACGGAGAGAGAAGCCCCUCAGGGUCAGACCCUAGCCUCGACCCCCCCAGGAAGCCCAAAUCCAGCCCCCCAGAACCUAUCGUGCUGUCCAGUGAUGACGAGGAAGGGAAGGACAGCAAAGAGGAGCUCCGCCUGGCUCCAGACGGUAUCCCAGGCCCAUCUGUCCUAGGGUCGGACCCCCAGCCCCAGGACAGCCCCAGUGCCCUGGAGCACCAGGACGGUCAUGGAGAGAUGAAGCUGAACAUGCUGUUUAAGGGUAGCUGCCGUGGGAGGAAGGACAUGUCAAAGACCCAGGUGUCUACGCUGCUGGAGCUGCCAUUCUGUGAGCUACAUGUGAGCGGGGUCACAGUUGAGGCUGGCGGUGACAUCAUGAUCACGGAUACGGGGAUCACUAUUCCGCUGAAAGCCUCCUCCGGAAAGGCGGAGUGUCUGUCCGUGGCUUUGGUGCCGACCCAACUGCGCAAGUACGGCUUGUGGAACAGUAGCGUCCAGGGGAAUGCGGGGGCGCUGCUCUUCCUGUGGGUGUCGGACGCUGAACUGGAGCUUCUGAAGGAGGACCUGUCAGCGCUGCAGCCGGCGGAGACUUUAGGCACGGCCAGCCCCUUUUUGCUGCUGACUCUGCGUCAGCCUCUGGACGGGAUACACGAGGCCCUCCUGGGUUCGCUUAUGGACCUCAUGAGCCUCCAGAACCAGCAGCCGGAGCUGAUGCAGCCCCUCUCGCUGGAUGAGGGUCUGGCCCUGAUCUCCAGCAGUUCCGGCGGGGACUGCAGCUUGCUCUCCGUCCUCCGGGUGGAGCCGCAGGACCAGACGGGUGCUGUCUCAUCCCAGGCAGAGGCGGGACCUCAGCCUACAGCUCCGCCGGAAGAGAAACCAGGCAGGCCCAGACCCAGCUACACGCUCUGUCACCGCAGAACCAGCAAGUCGUACGCGGUGUCUAUGUUCCCGAAGCCCGACUCUCCCUGGAGUCGCUACCAGCACCAGGGCCAAGCCAACAGGUUGAUUCUGUUCCCUCCACCCCCUCGGAAAGGAGGAAUCUCCGUGACUAUGGAGGAUCUGCAGUGCCUGGACAGUGGGGAAUUCCUCAACGACGUCAUCAUCGACUUUUACCUCAAGUACCUGGUUCUGGAGGUGGCCCCGAAGGAGGUGGCCCAAAGGUGCCAUGUUUUCAGCAGCUUCUUCUACAAGCAGCUGACCCGCAAGGACAAUGCCAGCGAGGAGUCGGCCCACAGCUCAGCCCAGCACAGGAGACACCAGCGAGUGAGAACAUGGACGCGGAACGUGGACAUCUUCAGCAAGGAUUUCCUCUUCAUACCCGUCAAUCAGGAGUCUCACUGGUACCUGGUGGUCAUCUGCUUUCCUGGCCUGGAGGAGCCCCAGUCAGAGGAGUGGAGAGGCCCAGCUGUGGGGGAGGUGAGCAGGGCGGGGAGCACAAGCGAGUCCCAGGCUGAGGAGCAGGCCUCGGACCAGGAGUUGACGGAUGACACUGGAUCACUUUUCACAGAAAGUGGAAGAGCUCACCAAAGAAGAGUCGGGGGUGGCAUGGAGGAGGCCGGGAGAAUGUCACUGCUGACGCCGAAGUGUACACAGCUUGGCUGUCAAAGGGACACCAUCUGUAAAAGACCCUGCAUCCUACUCAUGGACUCCCUGAAGCGACACUCCCACGAGCGUGUUCUCAAAUUCUUACGGGAGUACCUGGAGGUGGAGUGGGAGGUGCGCAGAGGUACCCCCCGCGCGUUUACUCCGGAGACUAUGCCGGGCUUUAGCUGCCUGGUCCCACUGCAGGACAACAGCAGUGACUGUGGUCUCUACCUGCUGCAGUACGCAGAAAGUUUUUUGGAGAACCCAGUUGUGCACUUUCAACCACCGUUCCUCCUAGAGACGUGGUUUCCACGGCAAAAAGUGCGCAGGAAACGGGAGGAGAUCAGGAACGUGGUGCUCUGGUUGUUCAGGAAGCAGCGGGAACAGCGGGAACAGCGGGAGCAGCGGGAGCAGCGGGAGCAGGGCAGCGUCAGCGCAGGUGGCCGGGGCAGGUGAAGGCCUGGUCCUGCGGGUGGGACGGGCAGGCGAAGGCCCGGUCCUGCGGGUGGGACGGGCAGGCGAAGGCCCGGUCCUGCGGGUGGGACGGGCAGGCGAAGGCCCGGUCCUGCGGGCGGGAGGGGCAGGUGAAGGCCCGGUCCUGCCGGUGGGACGGGCAGGUGAAGGCCCGGUCCUGCUGGUGGGACGGGCAGGUGAAGGCCUGGUCCUGCCGGUGGGAGGGGCUUGCAGAUGAUGACUAGGACUAUAAAUCCCCACACUACCCCCACCACCACGCCCGCCUGGACUUUGAGCCAUCUGUGACCUUUGUGUAUUGACAAAUACAAAUAUAGACUCAUUUUUAUUUUUAAUAGAUUUUAUUUUUUUACUUUUUUAUUUUUAUUUUUUUAUUUUAAGUGUAAUGUUAGAUUAUUAUCAAAAUAUAUUAAUUUCUUUGUACUUUUCAUUAAAAGCUAUUUCGUAUUGGUGGUGCACAUUCAUUGCAGUUGUUUUAUUGUUUACACAUAGGACAAAAAUAUGGAUUUGAUGCACCAUAGUGAUGUCCAGAGAUGUCCAUAAUCUACUUGAUUUUCCAAUCAGGUCGAAAUCAAUGUUGAUAUCAAUGUCAUUUGUUUACCGUUUAAUACUCAGUGGUAUUACUUUAAAUGAUUACUUAAGUUUUGUUCCUGCUAAUCCUUGCAGCUGUGAGGUUGAACCCUCUGUGGGUAGGGUGUCAGGACUGAGAGCAGGCGAGUAGGGACAUGCGGGAGGUAGUUUGACCAUGAUGCCAGCCGGCAUUGUCUGUGUGGUGCUGUGCUCACGACCUCUUUCUGCUCAGCUUCGAUUGAUGAUCUGCUGCUGCAGUAUGUAGUGAGACUGACUGCCUUUUAUGUGUUUUACAGAAACAUUUGUGUAUACUUUAAGUAAUGAGAGAUUAUUGGUGAAGCUCCAAAAGCUACAUGAUUUGCUUUGGUGCACCCCGGUGGUUUCUAGUUUUUAUUUUUAAGGGAACGAAGUGCAAUUACAAUAAGCUAGCUGGAGUGGAGUGUGGUUUAGCCAGGCCUUCAGAAAGUGCCACUUCGACAGCUCUCCUUCCUACACCAUUAUCCCAUCUGUCUGUUUGUACUUGUCGUGUGUUAGCUUUAAGUAAUUUCACUGUACAAAGUUGUUUUUUUUUUUAAGUUAAAGUCUGCUAACUUAGCUUCGAUAUACACUUUGAGACCAAAUAAUGAAAUUAUGAGAUUGCAUUGGAUACACACUUUGGAGAUGGAUGAUAAAAAAAAAUAAAGUUGUUUUUAAAGCUG